UUUAUCAAUCAGAUUCAUGAAUCUGGGCAGAUAAACGUACUGGUUAACGGAAGAAUAAAUAAAUGCACAUAAAGGGUAAAACCCCAGAUAAAAGAGUAUUGCCCACAGUCUGGGAAAAAUAUCUCGGUGGCCGAAAAAAGCCAUGGCUUCUCCUUCCCAUCUCUCCCCCUUACUAGUCGUCUUCUCUUUGUUCCUCUGUAUCGCCUCUGCAACAUCCUCGGACCCAUCAUCAGAUCACUAUCUGAUAGACGCUCCACGAACCUUCAUCGUCCACGUGUCGAAAUCGCAUAAGCCCUCCUUCUUCACCUCCCACCACCACUGGUACACCUCCAUCAUCAGAUCCCUCCCUUCUUCCCCUCACCCCUCCAAGCUCCUCUACACCUACGGCAAGUCCAUCAAUGGCUUCUCCGCCACUCUCACCGCCUCUCAGGCCUCCAAGCUCCGCGGAAUCCGCGGCGUUGUCUCCGUCGUCCCCGACCAACCCCGGCAGCUCCAUACCACACGGACGUACCAAUUUCUCGGACUCACCGAUAACUUCGGUCUCUGGCCGAACUCCGACUACGCCGAAGACGUCGUGAUCGGAGUUCUCGACACCGGGAUUUGGCCGGAGCGUCCGAGCUUCUCCGGCGCAGGACUGUCUCGUGUUCCGUCCGGUUGGAAGGGGAUCUGCGAGACGGCGAAGGAUUUCCCGGCGUCGGCUUGCAACGGGAAGAUCAUCGGAGCUAGGUCUUUUUACAAAGGGUAUUUGGCAGCACUGGGAAAGCCGAUCGACGAAUCUAAGGAAUCUUUAUCGCCGAGAGAUACGGAGGGUCAUGGGACCCACACGUCGUCAACGGCAGCCGGGGCUGUGGUCUCGAACGCGAGCUUUUUGCACUACGCUCCAGGGGAAGCCAGAGGAAUGGCGACCAAAGCCCGAAUCGCUGCGUACAAGAUCUGCUGGAGCUUGGGAUGUUACGAUUCCGACAUUUUAGCCGCCAUGGACCAAGCGAUUUCCGAUGGUGUUCACAUAAUAUCUCUUUCCGUCGGAUCCAGUCAUGCUUCUCCGUACUUUUUGGAUUCCAUCGCCAUUGGAUCGUUCGGAGCCGCCCAGCACGGCGUUCUGGUUUCUUGCUCUGCCGGAAACUCAGGACCAGAUGCGUAUACUGCAACAAAUAUUGCUCCUUGGAUUUUGACCGUUGGCGCUUCCACCAUCGACAGAGAAUUCCCGGCUGAUGUCAUCCUCGGCGACGACAGGAUUUUCAAUGGCGUGUCGUUGUAUGCUGGUGAUUCUUUGGGCGCUUCCAAGCUUCCAUUAGUCUACGCCAGAGAAGCUGGAGAUAGAUACUGCCAUGAGGGGAAACUCAUUCCGAAGAAAGUUGAGGGAACAAUUGUUGUCUGUGACCGUGGGGGCAAUGCUAGAGUGGAAAAAGGAAGCGCUGUAAAGCACGCUGGUGGGUUCGGAAUGGUGCUGGCGAAUUUGGAGGACAGUGGCGAAGAGCUCCUCGCAGAUUCGCAUCUUUUGCCCGCAACUAUGGUGGGUCAGAUCAACGGGGACAAGAUAAAGGAGUACAUCAAAUCGACCGAGAAUCCGACCGCCACUAUUGUGUUCCGCGGAACGGUGAUUGGGUCUUCCCCGGCUGCUCCAAAGGUCGCUGCUUUCUCUAGCCGUGGCCCGAACAUCCUCAAUCCGGAGAUUCUAAAACCGGAUGUUAUAGCUCCGGGUGUCAACAUUUUAGCUGGAUGGACUGGCUUCAUUGGGCCAACCGAUUUGGAAAUUGAUCCGAGGCGCGUUGAGUUCAACAUAAUCUCGGGUACUUCAAUGUCCUGCCCACAUGUUAGCGGAAUCGCUGCUUUGCUAAGGAAGGCCUAUCCGAGCUGGUCACCUGCAGCUAUAAAAUCCGCACUGAUUACAACAGCUUACGAUGUGGAUAACUCCGGCGAGACCUUACGAGAUCUCGCGACUGGUGAAGAGUCGAAUCCUUUCGUACAUGGAGCAGGGCAUGUGGAUCCCAACAGAGCUCUCAAUCCGGGGUUGGUGUAUGAUGCGGGCGUUAAUGACUAUGUGGCUUUCCUCUGCUCCAUUGGAUAUGAUUCCGCUCUUAUAUCAAUAUUUGUUAGAGAGCCAACUAGUUCGGAUAUAUGUGCAAAAACGUUCGACAAAAUUGGGGCUUUGAUUAGUUCAGGAGAUCUGAACUAUCCAUCAUUUUCUGUGGUGUUUGAUUCGAAUCGUCAAGUGGUUAAGUAUAAGAGGGUUGUUACAAACGUUGGAAGUGAGACUGAUGCAGUUUAUGAGGUGAGUGUGAGCGAACCCGCAGGUGUUGACAUCAAAGUUUCUCCGAGCAGGCUUGUCUUCCGUGCUGAUAAUCAAAAACAGACAUUUGAGGUUACAUUCACAACAAGUGUCGACUAUAUCAAAUCUUCAAGGUUUGGUUCCGUUGUGUGGACUGAUGGGACUCACCGUGUGAGGAGUCCUGUUGCAUUUAAGUGGAGGACUGGGUCCGCGGCUUCCAUGUGAUUUGCGGAUUAAGCAUUGUAUGCGCGAGCGAGCCCUUUUAUCGAAUUUCUAGCUAAUCAGAAGGGGCUUUGUUUCCUGCAAGAUGAUUUAUUUAUCUGCCCUCUUGUACAAAUUUGAAGAUUUCAGUGUGGCCACGGAUUAUCAUGAAAUUGUUGUGAAUUUCACUUUCUGUGUUAUUGGUCUGGUAAAACAUGUUGGUUAAUCGUUGAAAUGCAUUGAAGUAAUCAGGUAAGUGUUUUAUGCAA